AAACUUCGCGCUAAACAUCAAAAUUAUGAUACACAUUAUUUUGGUAACGUCAAUUGAUGAAAAUAUUUGAUUUUAGACAUUUCGUUGAUCAAAGAAAUUUUUAUAAUGGUGCGCACAAGAGGUGGACCUACUAAAGUAAGUGCCGGUAAGGCUCCAGGUAAAAGUAGGACGACGGUCGCAGUGGUUUCAGUAGGAGAUUCAAGAAGUGGUUCUUCUGGCUCAAAACUAAAUCAAUCUUUUGGCAAUUCAUAUCAUCCCCGUGAAACACCUAGUUGGCAAAAGCCUAUAAAUAGUUUUUUUCAAAAUGGAGGAAGAUCAAAGGUAGAUAAUAAUUCAUUAAUGACAAAACUUGAAGAAGACAAGGAAAAUGUACCUGGCUCUUCAGCCCAAACUAUGAAAGAUGAAGCAGAAGCAACAGAAAGCAUAAACGAAAAGUCUGAUUUAUAAAAACAAAUUCCAAACUAAAUUAUAAAAUAAAUACUAAU